UUUAUUAAUUGGCUGUGAAGGAAAGCGGGACCGGUACGAGCAAUAUCUGCGCGAUGUAUUCGAUUUGGUGCAGCAUGUCGCUACCAUAGAGGACUGUCCUCAGACGAUAAGGAAUCGGAAAGCGAUUAAAGUGCUGUUUACGCUAUACACUAUCCUAGCAUUAGCAUUACCUAUAGGUUUGGUGACGGCGAUGGAUCAUAUCGGUUCCCUACCGUUGACGAUUGUAUAUGUGGUACCCUAUACGGUUAGCUUUAUGAUCUUGCUUCAGUACUACAGCGUGUUCGUGCACUUGUGGUCCUGCCUGCGAAAGCUUAACAUAAAGCUGACCCCAAUCGUACGUGGAAAUGGAUAUUUACCACACAAUGAUAAAUCCGUUACAUUUCUCACUCUUACUCGUACCGAAAAAGAAGGUCCAAGGAGUCCACAGCUGGAGGUUAUAGAAAAAUUGCGAAUACUUCACCUGCAAACAAUGAACAUUGCAGGCAACGUAAACACUAAUUUCGGUCUGGUCCUCAUUUUGAUUGUGGUGGCCGUUUUUGCCAGCAUCAAUGUGGAGCUGCUAGAGCUUUAUCAGUACAUCAAAAACGGUCGGAUGGGACCAGCCCACAUUGUUCUGAAGCUUUUGUAUACUUGCUUUAAAUUUUGCUUCUACUACCUCAUCGCAAAUCCGAAUUGGAUGAUUCAAAGUGAGAAUGAUCAAAUGCUUAUCCUGCUCUAUUCGAUACGCAAAACAGCGUGCACCGAUGAAACGAACAGUGCGGUACGUUGAUUUAGGUAUUUUGCAUCACCGGAUAAAAUUAUGUUCUUCUUCUCCUUUAAUGAUUUCGUCAGAUUGAGCAUUACAUCUCUCAAAUUUCUAAUCUCCGUAACAUCCAUCGAGCAGGUGGAAUGAUUGAUCUGGACAUGA